AUCAACAAGCUUAUUAGAGCGAAAGAAACCGUAUCCAAAACAAGUCUCGCGCUUAACGCAAUAACCUGUUGCAUUGUAUGUGCAGCAUUCAGUGUCUAUGCUAAGCUGAUUUGUUGCCGCAAAAAUGGUUCUUGUUCUGGAAUGUAUCGUAGGACGCAGAGGAGCUCAUCGACAGCUGGAAUGUAACGGGUUCUUAUGAGCUGGCUAUGAGGCUGAAAAAAAUUAUCACGCGCAUACAGCAGAUGCAUGCUUGGGUUUAAAUAGAAGUAUGCUAGGAUGUUUAAAAAUGUGUUCGGAUCAGGAUUUCUGGUGAGAACCGCUCAUGUCAUCUUGACAUGGGUUAUAACGUUGAUUCUCUUCCUCCACGACACCGACUUCCGCAAACAGGAGAAGGGAGAGCUCACACUGCCAGUUUUUUUUGUCCUGCUGGUCCUGUUGUCCGUGUUGCUGUACUUUGCUGUCUCGCUCAUGGAUCCUGGUUUUGUCAUGUCUGAUGACUGCGACUUGCAGUUCACACUUGGUGUCACAGAGGAGACACAGGAUAUGAUUCCUCAGAACACCAAGUCCCUACGGGUGCGGCGCUGUGGACACUGCUUGGUACAGCAACCCAUGAGAUCAAAACACUGCCAGACCUGUCAGCACUGUGUGCGUCGCUAUGAUCACCACUGCCCCUGGAUAGAGAACUGUGUGGGGGAAAGGAACCAUCGCUGGUUUGUGCUUUAUCUGGCUGUUCAGCUUAUUGUCUUACUGUGGGGACUGUACAUGGCCUGGUCGGGCUUCAGUCACGCCCUCACCUGGCAGUUGUGGUUGAGGACCAACGGUGUGCUCCUGGGAGCAGCAGCAGUGGUGGCUGUGUUAUCCUUGACAGUUCUUCUCCUCCUGGGGUCUCACCUGUACCUGGUUUCCCUAAAUACCACCACCUGGGAGUUCAUGUCUCGCCACAGAAUAUCUUACCUCAAGCACUGUGGUAUAGACGAAAACCCCUUUGACCGAGGAACCCUUCGCAACCUCUGGGGCUUCUUUUGUGUGUUGGAACCAGUGGUGUGGGAGCAUGUGUAUUUUAAGCAAGGCAAUGAUCCCAUUUAAUUCACAAUUCCACCUGGAAGUCAUAGCUACAGUUAGGAAGAACCAAAUAACCAACUAGAUUAAAGUUGAUAUUUCAGUGGAAAUUGUUCCAACAGAAUCUGCAAUCUAAAUGUUAGCCUAACCCUCCUCUGAGUGACCCAUUCCAUUUUGAAAGUGAUUUUUAAGUGCAUGAACUUUGUAGUUACAAUGAUGUUUAACUAUUUUUUAAGUCUUAUCAAAUGAGAUUUUUACAACAGGUGUUUAAUGUUAAUCGAUAUUUACUCCAAAUAGUACUUUGACAACUUUGCACAUUUGAAUAGCAAAAGCACAAAUCACAAUUGUAAUGUGGGUUUCCAUUAAUGCAAUACAUUGAGAUAAUUACUCUAGUACUUAAUUUACUAUAUUUCUGCUCCCUCUGAAUAUCUUUCAAUUUGAUAUGCUAUUUAUUUGUAAUUGUCCUCUUCUCCCAUUUAUGAUACUUAAAACUAGCUGUUGGACAACAGUAAUAUAUCUACAGUCUUCAGCUUACCUCUUUUAUAAAAUGCCUAGCAUACAGUAGCUGCAGAUGGCAAGGUAUUGUUACAUCAACACUGGUUUUGUGCAAAUAUUGUGUGUUAAUGAAUUUGUGAAAUACAAUCAGUUGUAUAUAGGCUACAUACUUUUAUUUAAUAUAGUUUUGUGUACAUUUAUGCUUAUAAGAUCAAUUUCAGACAGGGUAAUGAGAAGUUCUUUUUAUACAAAACCUAUUUAUCUUGCAUUUACUAAGAACAAUAUUAUCUCAGUUCCACUCGCUAAACAGAUUAAUGACAAUGCAAAUAGAGAAAUCAGCAUAUUAAUGGACUGAAUUUUGAAUACAAUACGUAUGCAGUUCAGUAAUGCUCAUUAUUACAGAAAUUUCAGUAUUUGUUUAAGCAAAACUUAUUUUUAUAUAAAAAAGGCCUUUCCCAUUACAUAUCAGAAUCUUAAAGAGGGAAAGAUGCACGUGAUAUUCCUUUGACUGUUAGAUGUCAGUGCAGAAAAAUAAAUGUUUUUGGUAAUUGAGUACUGUGCUGUCAUAUAGUGUAGGGCUGGGCAAUAUAUACAAAUGAUUUGAUCGAUAAUUGCCUUAAAAAAUAUUGCGAUAUCCGAUUACAUCGUCAACCCCCCUGUCGAGGGUCAGUGAAUUUCUUUGCUUUAUUGAUUUUGCUUUUAAAAUGUAAUUCAUGUAUUGAAACAAAAACAAAAAAAAAAACAUUUCUAAUUUCAAAUUGCACUUAAUACUAAAUGAACAAAAGCAAUAGAGAUUACAGAGUGAUCAAAAAAUCUUAUUUAACCACCUCCACAAAUACAGAUAUUUACCAUCUCCAACGGCCCAAUUUGCCAUCACGCAAGCAUCCGUCAACAACAACAGGUGGAAAAUUACAAAUAGCUAUAUUAUAUAUAAUAUCGUUAAUGCUACCUAAAUAAAAUAAAACAUUAAUUUUAGCUUCAAAUUUAACGUGUCUUGUAUUAUUUUAUGAUUUAAUCACUUUCGUCUUUGUUUCUUAAUACAAAGAUAUAUAUAUUACUGAACCUGCAGAGUUGUGUUCACAAUGCAUGCCAACCGAGUGGAAAUAAAGUGAACUAAACUCACAGCACCUCCUGAGAUGAUCGGAGAUCAUUUGCAACAUUCUAACAAACGACAUUAUUCUUGCAGACAGUUUUCAGAUGAAUGAAAGAGAAAAAAGACUGAUAACUCUUGCUUGCUCCAUGAGACCGAUUCGUGCUGCACGCCUCUGAACAAACAGCGAAUCAGACACGAGCAUUGGCGGCUUUUCUUUUGUCUGUUCUUAAAAAUAUAAUAAAGUGUGUUUAUUCAAGUGUAUGUCAUUGUGAAUAACAGCAUUUCUUGUCAUGUGUCACUGCGAGACAUCUUGCAGGUCACCUACCUAUUAGAUGAGCAAAAUUACUCACGCAUGAAAUAUCUGCAUUUGGACGAGGAGCUCUUGAACUGGAUUCAGCCUCGUCACAUUUGGCAGGUGCUAGUUUCACACCCUGGCGACUGAUACAUAUAUUUGGCGACUUCCCAGAUCCAUGGUUUUGCCAUUUCCCGAUAUUGUCGUUCAUCAUCUGUUCGCAAUAUUCAUCGGGAGCUUUGUGUAAGACAUCGUCGAUAUCUGAUUACAUCGUCCUGUCGCCCAGCCCUAUAGUGUGAUUCUUUUUACAGAACAAAGUUAGUGUCCUCAGCACAAUAUAUAGACAAAGCAAUAGGCUUUACACUUUUUAAUUUUAUUAAAUUGCUUCUAAAGAAAUUGAGAUUUUUAAUGUAUCAAUAUCAAUGCUGGAAUUUCAUGUAUGAUUUGUGCACGCUUUGAUCAAAGUUAUGCAGUUUUUUUGAAGAUGCAAACAGAUUUUGCAAAUUCAGUAUUCAAUAAACUGAACAA